AUGCGUUUGCUGAAGACUAAGCUCAUAUCCGAGCCUGGCGCUCUCGAGAUCGAAGAAUUUGAUGAUACUAGCACUCCUAAAUAUGCCAUCCUAUCACAUAGAUGGGGCAAUGAUGAGCUUACCUUACAAGAUGUGGAGAGAAAUACAACGGCAAAAGAGGGAUUUAAGAAAGUACAGCAAUCUUGCGACAUGGCUAAGCGAAAUGGAAUCGAUUACAUUUGGAUUGACACCUGCUGCAUCAAUAAGGAAAGUUCUUCAGAGCUUUCCGAGGCAAUCAAUUCUAUGUAUCUUUGGUAUUUCAAGGCUCAUAUAUGCUACGCUUAUCUUGCUGAUGUUCCAUCAACACCUUUUGAGGAGAGCCAGUGGUUUACUAGAGGAUGGACUUUGCAAGAGCUUCUUGCGCCUGCAGAUCUUGUGUUCUUUGAUGCAAAUUGGAAAAGUCUCGGGACGAAAGAAGGUUUACAAAGGGAAAUAUCCAGCUGCACUGGUAUCCCCGUUGAUAUCCUCUCCGGCGAUGAUGACUUAGAAACAUGCAGCAUUGCACAAAGAAUGUCAUGGGCCGCAAAAAGAAGCACAAAAAGAGUGGAAGACCUUGCUUAUUGCUUGUUAGGCAUAUUCGGAAUUAAUAUGCCGUUACUAUAUGGAGAAGGGGAACGAGCAUUUAUUAGACUUCAGGAAGAGAUUAUGCGAGUUUCGGAUGAUCACAGUCUUUUUGCAUGGGAAUCUCCUGAUAAUCGUGGAGGAUUACUAGCUACGUCUCCAGCAGCAUUCAAAGGUUCCGGAAACAUUAUACAAGUCAGCCAUGUUGAUGACUCUCACAACGCUUUGACCAGAAGCAGUAGAGGGGUUCACUUAGACAUCCGGCUCAUCGGCAUGGGGGCUCAGAAAUUAGGCCUUGCGCUGCUUCUUUGUAAAGAACGCGAUGGGUCAAACAACCAAAUCGCCAUUUAUCUUACGGAUCUCACUGGGACAAUGGAAACAUUUCAAAGAGUUCGGAGCGAAGAACUUAAGCGACUCGAUUUAGUAAAGACUAGAUCUUCGCAAUAUUUAACGAGGAGGGCAUGUGUCCAAACAGGUCGGCUGAUACCUACACGAAGGCCAACAAGGGAAAUUGAUGCCAUGAGGACAUAUGAGCCCUAUGAUGACGUUGUGUUGGAAUUUUUAAUAAAUCGCUUGCAGCCGGAAGCGUUAUUACACGCAGCACAACAAGGUGAUCAGGACGAUGUGUGGUUGAUGUUGACCCGUAGGGACAUUGACAUCAACUUGAGGAAUCGGAGUGCUUGGCCAGCGUUAUUUCUUGCAAUAAGCUGUGGCCAUGAGGUAGUUGUGAAAAUGCUACUUGCUCAAGGUGCCGAUACCAACCUGGAGAUUGGAGAUGGUUAUACACCACUGAUAUUAGCCAUUGAGAAAGGUCAUAAGAAUAUCGUUAAGUUGCUCCUAGAAAGGAUCGCGGCUAACAUUGACACGAAAGAUAAUAUGGGCCAAACAUCAUUAUUACUUGCUAUUGAAGAGCGUUCUAUCGGAAUCGUUGAGCUGCUGCUGGAAAAAGGAGCUGAUAUUGAAGCAAAAGGUAACAAAGGUCGGACGCCGCUGUUGCGGGCUGUUGCUAUAGGGUAUCCAAUGGAAGAUGGUAUUAAGCUGCUGUUGGAGGCAGGAGCUAAUACUGAGGCACAUAAUGAUGGCUGGACGCCAUUAUUACUUGCUCUUGAAGCGAAGACUGUUAGAAUCGCCAACCUGCUGCUUGAAAAAGGAGCUAAUAUUGAAGCAAAAGAUAAUGAAGGUCGGACGCCGCUGUUGCGGGCUACUACUAUUUAUGAGAAUUCGGAAGCUAUUAAGCUACUGCUUCAAUACGGAGCCGAUAUUGAAGCAAAAGACAAUGAGGGUCGGACGCCGCUGUCGUGGGUUAUUAUUGUUUAUCAGAAUUCGGAAGUUAUUAGGCUGCUGCUUAAAUACGGAGCUAAUAUUAAAGCAAAAGAUAAUGAAGGCCGGACACCGCUAUCUUGGGCUACUAUUAAACAUCGAAAUAUGGAUAUUCAUCAUCUACUAGGUGAUAACGGAAAGACGGCGAAGAGUUAGGAUAACAAUAGUUAGAUUUAUAUGAUUUGCGUGAAACUCUGUAUUUAUAGACAACAGUGGUUGUUACGCGAGUGCCCCCUUCAUUUUGUAUGGUUUUCUUUUUAAUCACUAUUAGUAUGCCUUUGUAAGUAGUUAUAUGUUGUGCGAUGUGCGUUGGUAUCUCUCUGCACUACAUUACCUCUUGUCAUCUUUGUCAAAGGCGAGAGAAGCUGGCUCAGCCCCGUCAGUGACCUACCGAUGCCCAUGGCGUCUUGCUAGGCUCGCUAUAGAUACAUGUAGCGUCUAUAGGUGCUUAUUGAAAUUACAUCUAGUCUCACAAGGUUCAUUUUUUUCUUUUAUUGUAUCUGAAGCACAUAUAAUACAUUCAGCUUUCCAUACAUCUAAUGCUAUGCAGAAGACAUUUGCCAUCAGGGAUGGCCAUCCAGUCAUUGCUCUUACAAUUAGCGCUGCCAGGAUGUGGCCUCUGUCUAACAUGAACAUGACACGAUCAAUAGUGUUUAGAGUUACAAAG